UCUCUUUUCCUUCUUGGAAAUCAAACUUUAAAAACAAGUGCUUGUUAGAUCAGAUUUUUCCUUGAAAAUAACUUAAAAAGAGAGUAUAAAAUGGGUCGUCACCGUCCAAAGAUGCCGCUGUUCACGAUCGGCGACUUCGUCUUCGCCAAGGUGCGAGGAUACCGCGCCUGGCCAGCCCGCAUCCUGGAUCGCGUCGGUUCCAAGGCGUGCAACGUGUACUUCUACGGCACCUGCAACCACGCCAAAGUCCCUUGCGCCCAGAUCUUUGACUUCGAGAGGCACGUGCGUCGAUUGGGCGUGGUUCCAGCCAGGAGUUCCGCCUGUAAUCCCUCGUUCCGGGGCGCCAUGCUCCACGCCCGCCAGGCAUUUGAAAAUCCGGAGCACGAUGUUGGCUACUACCAGCAGUUGGCCAUGCACGAAGGCAAUUGCGUCAACGCCGAGGAUCUAAGGAUUGACUACAUGGUAGAUGGCGGCGAAGAGGUCCUGGUGGAGCACCAGGCAAAGCAGAACUCGAUGGAGGAAGGGGACUCACAGGGGCACAACUACGGAGAUCAACUGGAGGAACAGGAUUUGGAGAGACUAAACUCAAAGACCCAGUCAAAGGAACAGGUUGCCAAAGAGCAGGACUCGAUGGAUCAACUAGAGGAGCACGACUCCCAGCUGGAGGAACAGCAUUCAAAGGGAAUUAAUCAGCAGUCUUUAGACGUGCUGGGCUUCAAUGAUGAACUGGGAGAGCAGAAUUCUAAUGGGAUUAACUAUAAUAACAAGCUGAAAGGGCAGGACUCAGUGGCUCAGUUUACUGCUCUAAAUUCAAAGAAGCCUAACACCAAUCAUCAGCUGAAGGAGCAGGACCCAGAAAACCGUAAGAAGCAGCUGGAUUAUCACAAGAAGGAUACCCAAAAAGUUCAGUUGGAGAUGAAGGAUUCCCCGAUUCAGUAUUCGAUGCCUCUUUUGGAUGAAUUCUAUGCAGAGGAGCAUAUGGAGGAGCACUAUUCAGAGGCUCAAAUCCCAAAAGAUCAGUUCGAGAAACCAUAUUCCAAAGAGGAAAACACAAUGCCUCAGUUGGAUGGUCUGAAUUCAGAUUCACAUGCAUUAAAACUCGAAGAAGAGAUUAAGGAGUUGUUGAAGAUGCUGAUGGAUAUCGAGGAGCAAGCACGUAAAGACCAGGAUCAAAAUUUAGAGAAGCAGCACUUGGAGGAGUUUUAUGCUAUGGAUCAGCCGCUAAACUUGACCUGUCGUCGCCGUUCACAUUGAAGCCAAUUUAAAAAAGCAUUGUCCUUAAAAAGAAAGGCUUAUAAACGAAUGAAGAAGUUAUUUUUGUUUAGAACUGGAAAUAUUUAUAAUUUCAAAUAUAUUUUAUUUUUAAAGUA